AUGUGCAGAGUCUUCUUCUUCGUUUCAUUCCUUACACUAUGCGCAGUGAUCUGCGCUCAUUUACCAAUUCCAGGCCGAUCAAUUACUACUCCAUUCGGCAAAAAGGGUAGUUGGGCAGCUGGCUAUCAUACUGGUGAUGAUUAUGCCUGUCCUGUUGGUACAAGUGUUCGUGCAACAGUUAGCGCUUCCAACAAAGUUCGAACACUCUUUGCUCACUUAAGCAGUAAAUCAGUCAAAGUCGGACAGAAGGUUUCAGCUGGACAAGUCAUUGGAAAGAGUGGAAAUACAGGACGAACAACUGGACCACAUCUUCAUUACGAAGAACGAGUUGCUCCAUAUGCCUAUAGCAAUCAUCGAAAACCACAAUUAAACAAAGCCCAUUAA